AGUACAAACCAAAUAUACAGCACAUGCAGCAGUUAUACUAGUCGCUAAAGUGUACAGUUUUUGGCAACAUAUGGCUAUCAAAAUGUCCAGGAGACUAACAAAAUUCUACCUUCCUGCUUUGGAGGAGAUGGGAGCAGAAUUAGGAGAGGGGUCCUAUGCUGCAGUGGUUGAAUUUCGACUCCAUGGACUAAAGUGUGCCGGUAAGAAACUCCAUCGUCAGUUAUGCUAUUCAAACCCUGAAGAACGUGAAAAGCUCGUAAGUCGAUUCGAAGAAGAAUGCCAACUUCUUAGCUGUGUCCGACACCCAAAUAUCGUGCAGUUUCUAGGCCUGAGUUAUGACAAAGACACCCGUACACCAGUUUUAGUAAUGGAGUUCCUCGAAACCACCUUAACUGCCUGUCUGGCUCUCAAUGGUGUCUUACCUGACAUGUUUACCUAUUCGAUCUUGAAUGAUGUAGCCACUGCGCUGUGUUAUCUGCAUAGCCAGCCCGAGCCAAUAAUUCACAGGGAUUUGACAACCAACAACAUUCUUCUAACUUCAGACAAGACAGCAAAAAUUUCAGACCUAGGAAUGGCUAAAAUUCUCAACUUAAGCUACUUACAGAAGAGACAGAUGACAACCUGCCCUGGGGCCUCAUCGUACAUGCCUCCUGAGGCACUUUCAGAUAAUGCUACAUACGACUGCAGCCUCGACAUCUUUGCAAUGGGAGUUUUAAUCUUGCACGUAUUUUGUGGGGAAUGGCCUAUCCCAAAUGAGCCAAAUCGCAUCGAUCCCCAAGACCCAACCAAGCUUUUGCCACUAACUGAAGCAGAACGCCGUGCUAAGUUCAUUUGUAAACUUCCGUCUAUUCACCCCCUAAUGAAUCUCAUUAAGCAAAGCCUUAGCAACUACUCCCCACACAGACCAACAGCACAACAAAUCUUAGCAGAAGUGAGAGAACAACACUAUCUAGGAAAAGUACAUAAACUUCAAUUGGCAGUGGAGCUAGAUCAAAUGCACACAGAAAACGAAAGUCAAACUCGAGCUCACGAAAAGCAAUUUGAUGACAUUCAAAAAACAUUACACAUUCUGACACAAGAGAAAAAAUCGCUAGAGGAGCUUGUGAUAAUCAAAGAUGAAACACUACGAGCAAGGGAGAAACAGUUAAGUGCUAUGAGAGAGCAAAUACAGGCGAUGCAGGAGGAGAUAAGUGCUCAAGGUACAGAGAUAUCAGUGAAAGACAGGCUUUUACAACAACCACCAGUUGGAAACAAGGAUGUACAUUUAGAGUUACAACAGAAACAUUGCAAGAAUUUCCCAAUAUCAAUUGUUGGUAACCCGAACUGUAUUGUACACCAAGACACAUUGUAUGUCGGUGCUGGCUACAGUGAAAACAAACAAGACAGGCACCUAGUCCACAGCUACGACCAACUGAAAGAUGCUUGGUACCUAUUGCCCCCAACUCCCCAUGGCCUCUUUGGCCUAGGCUAUCUAGAGGAAGGAAUAGUAGCAGUAGGAGGAUUGGACUCGCAUAAUGUCGUUGUUGCUGAUGCUUACAUAUUUGAGUCGAAGUUGAAACAAUGGAAGAAAACCAUUCCAGGAAUGCCUACAGCUCGAUGUCGCUCAACUAUUAUCAGUCACUCCAAACUUAUGGCAGUUUGUGGUGGAAUCCAAGAAAAUAAUACCGUAUCAAACAGAGUCGAAGUGUUUCUAUCUGCUUCUAGGUGCUGGUAUUCUGCUCCUACAUUAGCUGUACCCUGCACUCUCGUUAAGCCUGUCGUGAUUGGUGACCAUUUCUAUUUGGUUGGUGGUUACAAAAAAUGGAGGAAAACAUCUGAAGCCACAAAUGCAGUUCAAUCAAUCACCAUCUCAGAUAUUCUUUCAACCAAAGGAAAAUGGAGACUGCUUCAAGACACACCGAAUAACCGAUCGCUUCCAAUCAACAUGGCUGGUACUCUAGUUAUUAUUGGAGGAUGGAAUGAAGGUCUAAGUGAUGCUAUCUUCAUGUUCUCCGAGACAUCGAAUGCAUGGAUAAAGAUCGGAACAUGGCCGAUUGCUUUCCGUAGUGGAGGAUCCGCCACAUUACCAAGUGGAGAGCCAAUAGUGAUAGGAGGAAUAAGAGACCCUCAAGCUUUGCUUCAAGUAGUUAUCGUUUCUUUAAUACCACAGUAGCAAAAAAACACGUAUAUACAUUUAUAGCACAUAAUUUAUACAUUUAUACAUUCAUUUUAGGUUAAUGUCACUUAUUUUUUCAUUACAAUUUUCCUUAGAUAAUAUCAUUUAUAGCUAGAGUAUACUGAAAUACUAAACCCUAGUAAACCUAAACCUCGGCCUGAGGUACGGUUCUUUAUUAUAAUU